GAGGACACAUUGAAGUCAGAAUAAUAGGACAUAUCCGCUAGUACUGAGACUCAACUUUUUUUUUUCUUCUUUUCCUCUCGGCCAAAAUCCAAAUCGCUCGCAAUCACGAAAACUCGGAAAAGUUUCGCCAUCGCUGUCUCCUUUCGAGGUUCAGUUCGGAUUGCAUCUUCUUGGAACUGAAGAAUUCUUCUAUGAGCUCCCGCAAUCUGAGAAGUCAGACCUUAAAUUCAGAGAUCCAUAUUGAAAUCUGGAGCAAUCACGGACUUCAUCUCUCUCUGAUUCACAUCAUUGCAACCCUGCAGUAGCUACUUGAAGCGACAUCGAGCUCGUUCCUUGGAAUUUGGUGCUGAUUUUGUGCAAGUUGCAUGAGGUAUGAGGUGCCACUCCAAUUUCACUGUAAAAGAUGAACUGAUCCGCAGUUCAGGUUUUAUAUCGUCUUCGUCCUACAUUACUCCAAAUCCAUUAUCAAAUUUCAGAUUUUUAUCAAUUCUCUCGCGAUUGAACCCAAGGACAGUCAUUUUUUCACAUGAUCACUCUGCGCUAAUUAUCCUUCUUUCCACUUCCAUACUUUAAGAAGUCACAAUCAGACAGACUGCUUAAAUGGCAGAAACAGCAAAACCAGUCUUGCAAAAACCGCCGGGUUAUAGAGAUCCAAACACACCAGUCCCCUCAGUCCGAAGACCACCACCAAUCCGGAAACUCCCUCCAUCGUUCCACCCUAAAACGAGGAAUCGAGGCUGCCGUCGUUUCUGCUGUUGCUUCCUCUGCAUUUUCGUCUUCACCGCUCUCGUCCUCGUGGCACUCGCCGGUGCACUCUUUUAUCUCUGGUUCCAACCAAAACUACCGACAUUCUACCUACGGUCGUUCCAGAUGCCCCGCUUUAACGUCUCCGUUAUGAUCGACGGCACGUACCUCGACUCACAAACGGUCGUUAGGUUCGAAACCACCAACCCUAACCACAAGAUAACGUUCUACUACGGUGAGAGUCAGGUUCGGGUGACCGUUGGCGAGGAGGACGGUGUUGAUCUAGGGUCGACGUUCGUACCAGCAUUCACUCAAGGGAGGAGGAACACGACGGUAUUGAAGUUUGGGACCCAGGUGAAACACAUGUUGAUUGACGAUGGCGACGGAACGAAGCUCAAGGCUGGGUUCCAAAGCAAGCAGCUGGUGAUUUUCGUGGAGGUUCGGACUAAGGUCGGAUUAGGUGUGCAGAGGUGGAGAAUGGGGAUGUUGAGCGUAAAAGUCUUGUGUGGGGACGUGAGUUUGAAGAAGCUGGAGGAUGGUGCCAUGCCCAGAUGCGAUGUCAAUUUGCUCAAAUGGAUCAACCUACACUCGUAACAGAGGCUUGUGACUUGCGACUUGUAACUUAUGACUUGAAACACAGAGGCUUGAUUUUGGGUUUCUUCGCGAUCUGUAGAUAUUUCUUUCGUGGAGCACAAAUUAAUAUGCUCACCUUUAUAGAGUGUGUUUUGCUAAAAAAAGAACAAACAAAAGAUUGAUGUACUCACCUUUAUACAGUGUGUAUGUGUUUUCCGAGCUAGCUGUAAUUUGUAUUGGAGUGAAACUCUUACAUAGCCAACUGUAAUUUAUGGAUCACAAAAAGCGAUGCUAAGAUGAGCACGGUAAAGGAAAAGGGCUGCCCCAUCCCCAUCUUGGCAAGAGUGGAUUAGCAGUUGGUUGGUGAUUUGACGCUCCAUAGCCGCAUGACAACACGGUAAAGGAAGCUAUGGAGACAGGCAUUUUGUCAAACAGGAUCAUGUCAAUAUUUUCAGCUUUAUGUUUUAGCCUUCAGAGUUCAGACUGAGAUUUCGGAUUUGGGUCAGUAGACUCAGUACACAAAUAUGAAAGAUUCUUACGCGAGGUGGGUUGCGUUAAAAAUUAAUGGGCCCAAAUUGUAAUCCUUACGUCUCUCUCUCUUUUCUAUUGCUCUUUCUUUGGCACAUUAGUCCUUGUAAACGGAUUUCUAUUUUCGAUUUUUCA